UAAAGCUGAGACAAAAGUCCACACGGUGGAAGAAGGAAUCACUUUUCUGUUCCAAAUCAGUGGAUGGAAACCAAACCCUUUGGCAAGAACAGAAGCAACUUCAGCCCUGCAUGCAAAUGGAUAACCAGUUCCCUCCCAAGAAAGUUCCAGGUUUUUGUUCUUUUCGCUAUGGACUGUCUCUCCUCCUGCACUGUUGUAAUGUUUUAGUAAUGGCACAGCGCACAUGUCUGAGCCUCACAAUGGUAGCCAUGGUGAACAGCACAGAUCCACAUGGCUUGACCAACACAUCUACAAAGAAGCUCCAGGAUAACACGAAGAACCCCGUGUAUAACUGGAGCCCUGAAAUCCAGGGGAUCAUCUUCAGUUCCAACCUCUAUGGUGUAGUCUUCAUCCAAAUUCCUGUUGGAUAUCUCUCUGGAAUAUACUCUGUAAAGAAAAUUGUUGGCUGUGCAUUAUUCCUCAGCUCUCUGUUAAGUCUCUUCAUCCCACCAGCAGCUGAAGUUGGAGAAACUUGGGUCAUUGCAUGUCGUGUAGUCCAGGGAAUAUCCCAGGCAACAGUAAUAACAGCUCAGCAUGAAGUAUGGGUGAAAUGGGCUCCUCCUCUGGAACGAGGCCGACUUACUUCUAUGAGUCUAUCAGGGCUUAUGCUGGGACCCUUCAUUGUCCUGCUUGUGACUGGAGUCAUCUGUGAAUCUCUGGGCUGGCCCAUGGUCUUCUAUAUUUUUGGUGCUUGUGGCUGUGCUCUAUGUCUUCUCUGGUUCGUUCAGUUUUAUGAUGACCCCAAGAACCACCCAUGUAUAAGCAUCAGUGAGAAGGAAUACAUCAUAUCCUCCCUCGACCAUCAGGUCAGCUCAAGUAGACAAUCUCUGCCUAUCAAGGCUAUGCUUAAGUCGCUUCCAGUCUGGGCUAUUACCCUUAGUAAUUUUGCUUAUUCCUGGACAAAAAACACCAUGCUUAUGUACACCCCAACUUUUAUCAACUCCGUGUUUCACGUUAAUGUAAGAGAGAAUGGUCUGCUGUCUGCUCUUCCCUAUUUGUUUGCCUGGAUAUGUGAUAUCCUAGCAGGUCAGAUAUCAGACUUCUUCCUGACCAGGAAUAUUUUUAGCAUAAUUACCAUCCGGAAACUCUUCACCACACUAGGAUUUCUCCUUCCUGCAAUCUUCAGUGCUUGCCUGCCUUACCUGACUUCCAGCUUCCAUAGCACCGUCAUUUUCCUGAUCCUUGCUAGUGCAACAAGCAGCUUUUCCUUGGGUGGAGUACUUAUAAAUGCCUUGGAUAUCGCUCCCAGAUAUUAUGGAUUUCUUAAAGCAUUUACAUCUUUCAUUGGAAUAACAGGAGCACUAAUUUCUUCCACUUUGACUGGAUUGAUCCUUAGUCAGGAUCCAGAAUCUGCUUGGUUUAAAGUCUUUUUCCUGAUGGCGGCCAUUAAUGUGAUAAGCCUGAUUUUCUACCUUGUAUUUGGUAAAGCAGAAAUUCAAGACUGGGCUAAGGAAAGACAACACACACGCUUCUAAAGGGAUCCAGCUGUUGAAUGUCA